AGCAGAGAAGAGACAAACAUAAGAAUCACACCUUCAUGCACAACUACCGGCAAUAAAAGAAAAUAAAAUGGAAACCUGCCGCAGGGAGAAUCACUACUUUCGGAGCUACAGCAUAACUGUAGCUUCAUUUUAUUCUCCGAUUCUAAAUCUGUCCCCUUUGGGAAAUGACUUAAAAUCCCACUUCACCACUGAAUCCACCAGAUUCCAAAACCUACCCCGCUGCAGAAACCCUAGAAUUGGAGGGUUUAUUUUCUUUUUCCUCUUUUACUCAUUACAUUUCUUUUCUCUUUUCUCCAGUGAUUUGUUUUGAGAAUCUGUCUCACUUCACAGAAGUUUCAAUUUUAUGAACACAGUUACAAGCUUUGUUAGGUCUUUUGUUUGGCAGAGAUUUUGUAAAUGGGGAUGAAGGCUACAUUAUUUGGUAUAGGUUUCUUAUUGGUAUGCCUCGCCUCAGCUGCUGCUGGUGAUGUGAGGUUAAACCUAUGGCCAAUGCCGAAAUCAGUUAGCCAUGGGAUUCAGACUCUUCGCCUGAGUAAUGAUUUUGUACUUAGAACAGAAGGAAGCAAGUAUGCUGAUGCUUCUGGCAUUCUAAAAGAGGGAUUCUCAAGAUUACUCGAUAUCAUUGAAGUUGGUCAUGCUAUUGAGAAUUCAACCAAUUUGAACCAUUUGCCACUGCUCAAGGGAUUGCAUGUGGUUAUUUCUUCUCCUAGUGAUGAGUUACAAUAUGGUGUUGAUGAGUCCUACAAAUUAUCUGUUCCCACAAAUGGAAAUCCAAUUUAUGCACAUCUCGAGACACAGACAGUUUAUGGCGCUUUGCAUGGAUUGCAGACAUUUAGCCAAUUGUGCCAUUUCAACUUCAAAAGCAGGGUAAUUGAAGUCUUUCCCGCCCCAUGUACCAUUGAUGAUCAGCCAAGGUUCUCUUAUCGAGGGCUUCUAAUUGAUACCUCUCGACAUUAUCAGCCUCUGCCAAUGAUAAAGAAGGUUAUUGAUGCUAUGGCCUACACAAAGUUGAAUGUACUACAUUGGCAUAUUGUAGAUUCACAAUCUUUCCCCUUGGAAAUACCAUCAUAUCCAAAAUUGUGGAAUGGUGCAUAUUCUACUUCUGAGCGAUACACUAUGGAUGAUGCAGCUGAAAUUGUACGUUAUGCUCAAAGAAGAGGAGUCAAUGUUUUGGCUGAAAUUGAUGUACCAGGGCAUGCUCUCUCAUGGGGAAAAGGCUACCCUUCUCUGUGGCCAUCACCUGAUUGUCAGGAGCCUCUUGAUGUCAGUAAUGAGUUCACUUUCAGAGUUAUAGAUGGGAUUCUUUCAGAUUUCAAAAAAACUUUCAACUUUAGAUUUGUUCACUUGGGAGGUGAUGAAGUCGACACAGGCUGCUGGGUGAUAACUCCUCAUGUAAAGAAAUGGUUAAUCAAGCAUAGGAUGAAUGAAUCUGAUGCAUAUAAAUACUUUGUCUUGAGAGCACAGCAUAUAGCACUAUCCCACGGAUUUGAAAUAGUUAACUGGGAGGAAACCUUCAACAACUUUGGCAAGCAAUUGAACCCAAAGACAGUAGUGCACAACUGGCUUGGGGGUGGUGUUGCUCAGAAAGUGGUUUUAGCUGGACUUAGAUGCAUUGUCAGCAACCAGGAUAAAUGGUAUUUGGAUCAUUUGGAUGCCACUUGGCAGGGGUUUUACAUGAAUGAACCACUCACAAACAUCACAAACCCCAAUGAGCAAAAAUUGGUUAUUGGAGGUGAAGUAUGUAUGUGGGGAGAAAGAGUUGAUGCGUCAGAUCUUGAGCAGACCAUCUGGCCACGUGCUGCAGCAGCUGCAGAGCGACUUUGGACUCCCUAUGAUAAGCUGGCUAAGAAUCCAAAGCAAGUCAUUGGAAGGUUGUCUCACUUCAGAUGUUUAUUGACUCAAAGAGGAGUUGCUGCAGCUCCAUUGGCUGGACUUGGACGAGCUGUCCCUGAAGAACCAGGUUCUUGCUAUAAGCAGUGAUAAUCUGAAGUUCUAAACUAUAGGUUUAAUAUUGUUAGGGAGACAACCCUUGUCGGCAGCUUGAAUGGGGCAAUUCUGGCAAGAUUGUGUUGCUAUCGUCUGAGAUGUAGGUAAAUAAAUGUUGUAUGAGCUCUGAAUUUUAGCCUUUAGGCAUAUUCUCAUCUUAGAGCAUGCCUUUGGAAAUUAAAAAAUAAAUUGAGUACUAAAAUUUGUAACAAAAAAUUAUACUAGUUUCCGAUAGUCUGCACUUUACAUAAACUACCAAAGUAUGUAUUUUUUAUAUGUAACCUUAUUUAUAGUAAUCUGAGACCCAGAUUUAGUGUUACUGAUAUA